AUGGCCAAGGAUAAGAUAGCGGAGGCGCAGGAGGCCAUCCAAGAGAAGAACACCCUGGUGCUGCAGAAAGCGGCGAUGGCCAAGGAGAUGGAAGAGCUGAAGCGGUCGAGGGCCGAGGAGGUAGCUGCUGCCCGAGUCGAAGCGAUCGAGUCGUUUCGGGGUUCGGAGGAGCUGAGGAGCUACAUCAUGGAUCAGAUGGUGGCGAUGCAGCUGGGUUGGGAGGAGAGGGUGGCGAUGUUCAACCCUUCAGUGGAGAUUAACUUUGACACGAGUGGCGAGCCUCCCUUAUCUAGUCGUACCAUUGAUGCCGCUCCAGAGUUAGAGCCAGAGCCAGCCACCACGGAUGCUCCAUCGACCGAGUCUUAA